AUGGGUGAACAGAUGGUCAAUGGCGACACAUUCAGUUACAACAAGCACGUGCGCGAUCUACCCAUGACACAAGCUUCCAUUCCAAUACAACAUGUUGGUGUUGUCUCGUCUAUACAAGACCCAAUGAGGCGUCGUGUGCAUUCCUUACCGAGUUGUCCACAAUGGGAGUUCUCAAGACGUCUGUACAUUGCCUCUUUUGGGUAUGCUGACAACAAAAGCGUGAACAUGUUGGAUGAUGGUACCUCUGGCAGCAACAGGAUACGGAUCUCAAAGCAAGAAGGCUGUAUGGUUGGCUCAAUGGUAUGCGUGGUAUUGGAUCUACAAAGCGAAACCUGUGAAUUAACGAGACUUACAGUGAAACAGCAGCAAGACAAUAUGGAUGACAUGGAGAUACGGCUUUAUUUGAGGCAAUGA